GAUAUGUGGGUAUUUGAUUGUGCUCCUUGGUUCUUGGCUUCCGAUUGGCUGCACGGGAGCUGAGUGAGCCCAGGUGUGCGUAAAAGUAGGACCUGUGCGCUCCGCGGGAUCUCAGUCAGGUGGCGCCCACGCACACUCUGACUUCACUCCACAGUUUCGCUCGUGACUCUUCUUUGGACUCGGGUGGGAUGUGGAAGACGUGAUUACACUGUCAUUUUACUUUAUCUCGUCCUCAAAGCAGAUUCACGCAGGCUGAAGACAUGAGUGGUGUCACAGUUUGGGCAGAGGAUGGGGACAUUUCCCCAGAGGAGACUCAGGCUUCUCCUGCCUGGACAGAGGAGCGUUGUGAGGAGCUGUGGGAUCGCGUGGAAGGAGUGCGACACAAGCUCACGCGCAUCCUGAACCCGGCUAAACUCACACCGUAUCUGCGGCAGUGCAAAGUCAUCGACGAACAGGAUGAAGAUGAGGUGCUCAACUCCACGCAAUACCCCCUGCGCAUCAGCAAGGCUGGACGUUUGCUGGACAUUCUGCAUGGUCAGGGCCAGCGAGGUCUUCAGGCCUUCAUGGAAUCGCUAGAGUUUUACCACCCGGAGCAGUACACACAGCUGACUGGACAGCAGCCCACACAGCGAUGCUCCCUCAUACUCGAUGAGGAAGGUCCAGAGGGUUUGACCCAGUUUCUGCUUCUGGAAGUGCGUAAACUGAGGGAGCAGCUUCGAAAUAGCCGCCUGUGCGAGCGGCGCCUGUCUCAGCGCUGCCGGAUGGCUGAGGAGGAUCGCAGCCGUGCUGAGCGUAAAGCGCAGGAGUUACGUCACGACAGACUGCAGCUUGAGAGGCUGCGUCAGGACUGGGAGUCGGCCAGCCGAGAGCUGGGAAAGCUGAAGGACAGACACCUGGAGCAGGCUGUAAAGUACUCCAGGGCCUUGGAGGAGCAAAGCAAAGCCUCCGCCCGAGAGAGGGAACUACUGAGGCAGGUAGAGGAGCUAAAGUCCAGGUUGACAGAGGCAGAGCAACAAACAGUUGGUGCUGCAGAGAAUACUACGCCAGCCAAAAGAAACAGUUUGCUCUCUAAUGGAAUAAAUGGCUCUCCGCCUUCUUCACCAGAGACGCCACUGCAACAUACUGAGGUUCAGAAAGCUGAGAGUACAGAAACUCAGAUGAGGGACUCAGUUCCUGCCACUGGAGUCAUAGCUCUAAUGGAUAUCCUGCAACAGGACCGCAGAGAGGCCUCAGAGCAGAGGCAGGAGCUCUGCGAUAUCAUCACCAAACUACAGGGAGAGCUGCAGAGCACUGAGGAGCACAGGGACAAGCUGGAGUUGCAGUGUGAGCAGCUACAGCUGAGGGUGAGGACUCUCCAGCUGGACUGGGAGACUGAGCAGAAGAGGAGUGUGUCCUAUUUCAACCAGAUCAUGGAAAUGGAAAAGGAGAGAGACCAGGCUCUGCGGAGUCGAGACAGCCUGCAGCUGGAGUACACCGACUGUCUGCUGGAUAAGAACCGUCUGCGUAAACGCAUUGCAGAGCUGCAGGCCAACCUGGAGCAGCUGCAGAGGGAGCUGGAGAGAGAGAGGGCGAGGAGCCAGGAGCAAAUGGAGCAGAGCAGCCCCUGUCUGCACUGUUCCCACCUGUCUCUGUGCUGUGAGGAACAGUGCUACGGCCCCUGCUGUUCCCUCGGCCUGGACCUGAGCCCCCGGGCCAAUAGCAGCCACCAGCUUCUAAGAAAGAUACCAUCUAGAGGCCAAGCCAAUGAAAACUCUGGGGAUUCCUGUUUUAAUUCAGAGGAGAAUCUCUUGUCCUCUACAGAAGACAAUGAAAAAGAAAUAAAUCGGCUCUCCACAUUCCCCUUCCCUCCUUGUAUGAACUCCAUCAACCGACGAUUCAACACAGAGUUUGACCUGGACUCCUGGGGCAGCGAUGAGAAUGAUAACAUAACAGGUGAGCAGAGGGAACCUUCUAUGUGGGAUUCCUGGAACUCCCUACACUCACAUCUCUUCCCCCCUGACCUGGUCAACCUGUCUGCAGUCUCUUCACACGAACCCAAUCCAAGUGUUCCCAGGAUACCCCCCCGCUCCCCAUCUUCAAGUCCACCCAUCUCACCGAAGCACAGAAAAGCCAGUCUAGCUGAUGAUAUCACGAUAGUUGGAGGAAACCGAACGGGGAUCUUUGUGAGCCAUGUGAGAGCUGGUUCCCCAGCUGAACAGUGUGGACUGAAGGAGGGCAGUGAGCUGCUGGAGCUGGAGCGGGUUCUGUUUGGUGGGGGCAAUAUCCUGCUGGGUCAGUGCACUGCUGAGGUAGCCCACUUUUCUCUGCAGUGGUGGACAGAGCCUUUAACACUCAAACACCAGAGCAACCCAGAGGCAUACUCAAAGCUAUGCUCCGAGCUGUUGUCGCCUAAUUUUAUGGGGGCUGACUCUUUCUAUGUGCGUGUCAACCUCAAGAUGGAGCCUCAUGGUGACCCUCCGUCUCUGGGUGUGUCCUGUGAUGACAUUAUACAUGUCACCGACACAAGGUACAAUGGAAAAUACCACUGGCGCUGUUCCCUUGUGGACCCAUGCACAGCCAAGCCCCUGCAGGCAGGGACUAUGCCCAACUAUAACAGGGCACAACAGUUGUUACUUGUAAGGCUACGAAAAAUGGCCCUGGAGCAAAAGGACUUGAAGAAGAAGGUGUUCUCAAAGAAAGCACCUGGCCGUGUACGAUUGGUCAAGGCAGUGGACCCCAGCUGCCGUGGGAUUGGUUCUGCACAGCAGGUCCUUUACACACUCAGCAAACGCCACGAGGAGCACUUGAUCCCUUACAGUUUAGUGCAGCCGGUGCAGGUUCAGACUAAGCGGCCGGUCAUCUUCUCCCCCUCUCUUCUCUCCCGUGGUCUCAUAGAGAGGCUGCUGCAACCAGCAGAGUCUGGUUUGAACUUCAACACCUGCCCACCAGAGCCAAUCCAGGCUUCAGAGAGACAAGACAAGAGCGUGUUCUUGUUGGAUUCCUGCAGUCCAGAGCAGGCUCUGGGCAUACGGUUACAGUCAAUACAGGAUGUCAUUAGCCAGGACAAGCACUGUCUGCUGGAGUUGGGGCUGUCCAGUGUUGAGGGCUUAUUGAGACAGGGUAUUUACCCUAUUGUCAUCCAUAUCCGCCCUAAGAACAAAAAACACAAGAAGCUACGGAAGUUUUUUCCACGGUGUGGGGAGGACAGCGUAAUGGAGGAAGUGUGCCAGGCCGAGGAGUUGCAGCUGGAGACACUGCCCCUUCUCUUCUACACCCUGGAGCCCAGCACAUGGAGCUGCACUGAUGAGCUGCUGGCAGCUAUACGCAAUGCCAUCCACAGCCAGCAGAGGGCAGUGGCAUGGGUCGAACUGGACAGGCUGCAGUAGAAGAGAGAUAAAGAACGUGUACUGUAUAUUCAAAGUGAAAACUAGAUUCUCUAGAGUCUAUGAAUAAAGAAUCUGACAGUCAAGUCUCUAUACAGGAUUAACAUUUAGUGUUAGAUCAUGCUACUGUUCUGAGUGAGUGGACCAACAUCAUCUUUGGAUCUGCUUGCAAUCUCAAAGGAGGCCACAUUAGGCCUAUUUGCAUGCAUGCAAACAGAAAUUUCAUAAUUAUCUUCUAUAUAGCUAAGCUGGACUGGCUACAAUGGGAGAAUAGUGAAACAAACAACAAAACAGGAGGGUCACAAGGAGGGUACGUCAGUACAGAUCUACCUGUAAUUAGCAGGGGUUUUUUUCAUUAAAACAGCCUACUACGUG